AUGUCUUCUUCCCCGCCACCGACCCACAGCACCGGCGUCGGUGCCGCCGCCGACUCGCCUGCACCGCAAUCCCCAGCCAUCCCCGGAGCGGAAUCCUCGCCAUCCACGCCCGACGUGCGUGCGGACGAGGGUUCGGGCGAGGGAGGGGCGGACCUGCCGAUGACGAUGCAGGCGUCGGUCAUCUUGACGAGCUUGCCUAAGGAUGCCAAGAGCGCGCUGGAGGGCGCGGGGGAGGUGGGUGUUGAGAAGGUCAAGAUUCGCUUCCGCGCCGUCGGAUCUGCGCCUGGUCUCACUCAACCGGUCAGAAAGCUAUCAUCGACCGCGCGCUUUGAGUCGGUAGUGCGGUUCUUGCGGAAGCAGCUCCGUGUUCAAGACCACGAAAGCGUAUUCUGCUAUGUCAACAGCGUGUUCGCGCCUGGUUUGGAUGAAGGAAUUGGGAACUUGUGGAGGUGCUUCAAAACGAAAGACGAACUUGUGGUCGCGUAUUCGAUAACACCGGCAUUUGGUUGA